GCAUUCGAUCGUCGGUCACAAAGUAUUUGUAAUAUCUAUCAGUAUACAUUCGUGCGAUUAACUAUAAGGAUGUCUCUUGACCAGGAUUUUGAAACGGCUGCAGAAGCUGUAAAGGCGUUUACGAAGCGUCCUACUGACGAGGAGCUUUUGGAGCUUUAUGCUUUGUUCAAGCAAGCUACAGUUGGUGACAAUAACACAUCCAAACCUGGUAUGCUGGAUUUAAAAGGGAAAGCCAAAUGGGAAGCUUGGAACAAGAAGAACGGCACUUCGCAAGAAACAGCGAAACGAGCCUACAUUGAUUAUGCAAAUCAACUAAUUAAAAAAUAUAAAUAAUUGUAUCUACCAUCACUGGUAGUUACGUUCCUGUUGUAGUCAUGAAUAAAAAA